AUGCCCCAGGGGCAGCUCCUUGCCCGACUUGAAGGCAGAAGCUCCUUGAAAGAACUAGAACCAAACCUGUUUGCUGAUGAAGAUUCACCAGUGCAUGGUGAUAUUCUUGAAUUUCAUGGUCCAGAAGGAACGGGAAAAACAGAAAUGCUUUAUCACCUAACAGCCCGAUGUAUACUUCCAAAGUCAGAGGGUGGUCUGCAGAUAGAAGUCUUAUUUAUUGAUACAGACUACCACUUCGACAUGCUUCGGCUUGUGACUGUUCUUGAGCACAGACUGUCGAGAAGCUCCGAGGAGACCAUAAAGCUCUGCCUGGGCCGCUUCUUCCUGGCCUACUGCAGCAGCAGCAUGCAGCUGCUGCUCACGCUCCACUCCCUGGAGGCUCUGUUCUGUAGCCACCCCUCUCUCUGCCUUCUCAUCGUGGACAGCCUGUCGGCUUUCUACUGGACAGACCGCGCCAGCGGAGGGGAGAGUGUGGCCCUGCAGGAAUCUACUCUGAAGAAGUGUUCUCAGCUCCUGGAGAGGCUCGUGGCGGAAUACCGCCUGCUGCUGUUCGCAACAACGCAGAGUCUAAUGCAGAAAGCCGCAGGCUCAGCAGAGGAGCCUGCCUCCUCCAAGCACGCCGGGGAUGGAGACAUAGACUACAGAGCCUAUCUCUGCAAGGCUUGGCAGAAGGUCGUGAAGCACAGAGUCAUCUUCUCCAGAGAGGAGGAGGCCAAGAGCAGCCGGUUCUCAUUAGUUUCACGUCACUUAAAAAGUAACAGUUUAAAAAAACACGUUUUUAUGAUCCGAGAAAGUGGGGUGGAGUUUUGUUGAUCUCUAUCAUCAGAAAGGCUUUUGAGACAUCUAAGGCAAGUCUUAUAAAGUCUUCUGUAGACUAACGUGGUUUGAUUCUAAAGUUUUUGAUUCCGCGGAAAUUAAUAAAAACAGUACAGUAAAACUCGAAGCUGCUCUGUCCCUCUAGACUGGAAGGUCAGUCAGCACACUGCACUCUGCCGAGCUUGGUUUGGAACUCAAUAAAUGAUACACGUUUCAGACUGAGUCACGUUUUGAGUACUUUAGGAAGGGUUCCCCGCUGAUCCCUUGCCUCACUGAGGCGCUGUGGCUGGAGAGGGUGUAGCGAGCAAUUGGCUAUUGUUUUAGUCAGAGGAAUGAGCACAAGGGCCGCCUACUCAGCUGCGGCCCUCAAGAAGCUGGAAUGAACUGGGUGUGGUGGCGCUUGCCUUUAAUUCCCAGCACU